CGUCGAAAUACUACCCAAAGGAGUUAAAUCGCGACGACGAGAUGACGAAAAUAUCAGCGGGGUCUGAGCAGGAUACAAUAAUCCAGCCCUGCGCUGUAGGAUAUAUAAAGGUCUUUUUCGACAUUCCGCUAUUGAAAUGAACAGCUCUUCAAACAGGACAGCUACUCUUCUUCUACUCCGCCUAGCACUAAGCCAUCAUCAUCUCCUAUAACUAAACGAAAUGUGCAACGACGAAAUAAAAGCCAACGGCUGGUCCAGCAUGCCCGCCAAUGCCGGUGCCAUAUUUACGGACCAAUCCUUCAUCGAAAGGGCAGAAGUCAUGCAGCUCGAUACAAUCAUAUUUCCCUUCGACGAUCCUGUUGUUUCAAAGACCUGGGAAUACGCCAGGGCUGUUCUUCACCCCCAGACAUUGAACCAUUCCAUGAGGGUCUACUUCUACGGAAUGGUAAUCACCACCCAGCAAUUCCCCGAAAUAGCAGCAUCCCUCAACACAGCCACCUGGGCUCUAACCUGCCUCCUCCACGACAUCGGCACUGCUGAGGAAAACCUAACGGCAACCCGCAUGUCAUUCGAUAUCUACGGCGGUAUCAAGGCCCUCCAUGUGCUGAAGGAGUUUGGUGCCACUGCGGACCAGGCCGAGGCCGUUGCGGAGGCGAUCAUUCGACAUCAGGAUAUGGGCGUCGAUGGAACGAUUACAUAUUUCGGCCAGCUUAUUCAAUUGGCUACGACAUAUGAUAAUACAGGAGUUCAUCCGCAUGUGAAGUGUUUUGAGGGCUUGGUUCAUCAGACAACUCGCAAACAGAUAAAUGAGGCGUAUCCGCGGUUGAAGUGGUGUGAAUUCUUCUCGGGGGUGAUUAGGAAGGAAGAGGCGAUCAAGCCUUGGUGUCAUUCGACCCAUUUGGUGGACUUUGAUAGGGAGAUAGAAGAGAAUACGCUUACGAGGGAGUGGGAGUAAUGGUCUUAUGGCGGGACUUGGUUACGCUACGAUAUGCCGUCUCUAGAAUGAAAUUGUG